AUGUACGGACAGCAGUUCGUGCCCGGUCAAAUGUACGGCCAACCCAACAUGAUUCCCUACCAGCCUGGCGUGCUCUCUCCUUCCAUGUCCACUGGCGUGUCAGUGAUGCCCAACUACGCCCCUCCUUACCAGAACGGGAUGCCGCCAGCUUCGAUGCAGCAGCAGCAGCAGCAGCAGCAAGGACAGGGCCAGGCCCAGGGGCAGACUAUGCCGCAGACGCAGCCGCGGCCUCGAAACAACGAGAUUGGCAACACAAGCUCCGUCAUUCAUAUGCGCAACGUCACACCCGAAGUGACGCAGCUUAGCAUUCAGAACCUGGCCCAGAACUUUGGCGACAUCAAGCACAUCGUGAUGCUGCGACAGAUGAAUCAGGCCCUCAUCGAGAUGAAGAGCCCCAAGAGUGCCGAACAGCUGGUGGACUUCUUUAAGGAACCCGGUUACGCGGAAAUCGAUGGCCGCCGUGUGUACAUCCGUUUUAGCACCCACCAGAACCUCACCGCCACGCAGCACGCGACUCGCACCCUGCUGGUGUCGAUGUUCAACACGCAGUAUGACGUGUCUACCGCGGCUCACAUUACGCCAGAGAUUGUGUACCAAAUCUUUGCUAGCUACGGCACCGUGGAGCGUAUUGUGGUGCUGCCCAAGAACGAAAGUAGCCAAUGGAACCACAACCGUGUUCAGGCGCUUGUUCAGUUCGACGCUCGCGAGUCCGCUGAACAUGUGAAGAAUAUUCUGCAGGGUCAGCCCGUGACCCUCGGCGAGACCAUCACUUUCACUCUCGACAUCCAAUUCUCACGUAUGGACGAGAUCAAGACGACGAACCCAACGACGUCGCUUGUCGUCGACGACGAAGGUGCCCACCGCCCUGCGGGGACGAUGGACCCCAUGGCGAUGAACGCAGCGGCGAUGACCACCACCAGUAUGUAUCCGCCGAUGGGAUGGAGCUAA